CGCGGUGCAUUGUGGGCAGUGUAGUCCGGAGGUGAGCGGCUUCCUGUAGAAAGUGUAGAGGGAAGAAUGUAGUGCAGGGAUGGGGCAGGACGCCGGCUGCUGCUUCUAGACACAGACAGGUCAAUGUGUGGAGAGCCAGAGGGCACACAGACACCCACAGAGCCGUGCCAUGGAGGAGGUGGACCGCAUCCUCAUCCACACUCUGCGUACCUUCGGCACGGAAAUUUCAGAAGAAGUGCAGAGCGUGCGCCAGUUCACCACGGAGAUCAUUGUGGAGGCGGUGGUGCGAUGUCUGCGCGUCAUAAACCCCUCCGUGUCCUCCAACCUCGGUCACAUCCUGCCCCCCGGGAUGUCCGCCCGCUUCCGGAUCGGCACCAGCCUGGCGCAGGCCUGUCAGGACCUGGGGUACAGCGGGGAAGUGGGUUACCAGACCUUCCUGUAUAGCAGCGAGCCAGAUAUCCGGGCGCUUCUGAUCUUCCUAGCCGAAAAACUGCCCAGGCACUCCCAGGAGGAUGCCCACCAACCAGCAGGUAAAUCGGCUGUACUACAGAGAGAGAUUGCAUCCAAGAUCAAGCAGCAGCUGUCUCGUCCCUGGGUCCCUCCAAUGUGCCGAACAGCAACUGCGCAGAGAUCCCAGAGCAUGUGCUUGUUGCAUUGUUUCCAGGCUCAGCCGCUGUCUCUGGUCGGGGACCAUUCGGCAAAGUCCAUCCCUCCCGAAAGGAAAGAGUACUGGGAGAAGUACCUGCCUCUGGUCAACAUGCAGCUGCCUCACUCCUACUCGCUGGUGGCGUCUCUGCUGGAGAGGAACAUGUCGGACGUUAGCGCCGUGCAGGAAUGGGAGGCGGAGUGGAAGAGCCAAGGUCUAGCAUCCCGCCUGUCUGCUGAGGAGUACCGCAGCAGGAAACGGCAACGCUUGCAGAAAAGGAUACAGGACCAGCUUCGCCAGUGUAACCAGCAGCUGCCAGAGAAUCACGCGCCGGCCCCGGCGGCCACACAGGACCUCGUGGAAAUGCUUAAAGCCUUCACCGUGGAGGGAGGAACGGACCAGAAUAAAGGGUCCAGGUUCACCCACGCCCAGAAAUUUACCCACCAGCAGGAUCCUCAAGUAUUAACCGAGCAGAUGCAAAGAGCCACUGAAAGUCUGUCCAGGAAGGACGCACAGGACACAGAUGCUGAACAGCAGGAACUGACAUCUCUACAGCAGCAGAUCGAGCUCCUAGAAAAGGAGAUCCAAGGGCUGGCAGACAGCGCCAAACUCCUCCAGCUCACUCUGACUCAGGUGGAGGAAGAAACGAGUACAAUGCGGCAGCAGUGUGAGGAAAAAGAAGACGUGGUCAGAGUGAAGAAGAGAGCGGUGGAAUUAUUGCCUGACGCAGACAACAAUCUUGCCAAGUUACAGGCCAUGGUAGACAGCAGCACCCAGCGACUGGUGAACCUCGCCGGCCAGUGGGAAUCUCAUCGGGUUCGGCUGGUGGAUGAAUACAGAGAGCUGAGGAAGGUUCACCAAGAGAAGGAGGACGAGUCCUCUCGCUGGAUGAAGGAUGUCAAAGAUUUAUACGACAAGAUCCGUGCGUCGGCUGAUGAGGCCAAGCGCAAAGAAGAGCUAUACAAGCAGCUGGUAAGAGCCGAGAUGAGCGAGACGGUGCGGAAUACUGCGGCAGAGUCCGAAGGGAGUAAGAUCCUUUCAGACACUAAAGAAUUGCAGAAGGAAAUUAACAGUUUAACAGGAAAAGUUGACCGAACCUUCGUGGUCACCGACGAGCUUGUGUUUAAGGAUGCCAAGAAGGAUGAACCGGUGCGAAAGGCCUACAAGUAUCUGGCUGCCUUACAUGAGAAUUGUGGUCAGCUGAUUCAGACCAUCGAGGACACGGGAACCAUUCUGAGGGAGAUCCGUGAUUUGGAGGAGCAGAUAGAGACGGAGACGGUGAAGAAGACGCUAAGCAAUCUGCAGAAGAUCUUGGAAGAUUACAAGGCCAUUAAACAGGAGAAUUCUUCGCUGCUGGCUCGCGUGAGGGAGGCCGACAACGCCUGACUUCAUCACCGUCUCAUUAUGGCGGC